ACUAUGGUUCACACUUAUAGUCGGGAGAUUCGAUUCUAAAUUGAAAUACGUUUUCAGCCAUAGUCCUAUCCUAUGUAAGAUGUCAACUCGCUUUCCGUCAUUGUUUCCUAAAUUAUCUGACCCCUUGUGGUUUGAUAUUGAUAAACCCUUUGAGGAUGAGAGCCAGUUAGCCGAUGAAGAAAAGGAACACCAAAAUUGGCUGAAAAGUAUUGAAGAGAAGAACAAAGAUGUCAUUCCUGUGGGAAAGACAACAGCAGAGCCCUAUGGUGACUAUGAAGAGGAGGAGGAAGAAGAUGAAGAUGAGAUUGAGUCUGAGGAGGAAUCAGAUGAACCCGAUGACCUGGAGGUGACAGACUAUGACCAGGACUCACCAGAUGAUGUUGAGAUGGAUAUUAACAAUGACGUGGAGGCAUCCAAUUCACCACCGUGGAUGAUGUGAUGAAGAAGUUUUGACUCCCCAAAAAUUAAACUAAAGUGUGAUUUGUGUACAUAUAUUCCAUCAUGGUGCAGUUUCUGGUGACUCCAGAGAAAUUGGACAAGACUAACAAAAAGUUCUACUGAGAGCAAUACUAAUUUGUU